UAAUUCAUUCGCAGGUUGCAGGAAUAGUCAGGGCAAAGCAAAAAAACUGAAGUUUAGAGCAGUUUUAGCAAUGGUUAACCUUUAUGUUCUCCGCAGUACUCUCAUUGGUAUUUUGGGUCUCGCUGUAAUGCCAGAAGUAUUGGGGUCAACAGGAGCACCGUAUUUCAUCAAGGAGCCGAGAGACACGUAUGCGCAGCGGGGUAAAUCCGCUGUCCUGGACUGUUUGGUAGGCGGAAACCUUAAGGCCGCUAUAGCAUGGAGGAGAAAUGGUAUUGUACUCGAUUUAUCGCAAGAUGACCGGAGAAUGAUAAGGCCGGACGGGUCUUUGUAUUUUUCGAAAGUUAAUCAUAACACUACUGAAAAUUCAGAUGAAGGAAUCUACCAGUGCGAGGCGUUAACACGUAAUGACAUGGAUCUAGAUUUCCAGAUUUUGAGCAGAACUGCUCGUCUCGUUGUUGCUGAAAUUUCAUCCAAGGUGGCUGUUACUCCAUCCAAAUUACAAGUUUCAUUUGGAGACACAUCAAGGUUUUAUUGCAACGUAAACGAUUCAACACCGAAAGCCGUUGUUAGAUGGAGAAAGCUUGGAGAAAAUAACUUCAUUGAGUCUAGAGGACGUUUUACAACAACUUCCGAUGGAGCCUUACAGAUCGCCGAGAGCAGUUUUAAUGACCAAGGAGACUAUGAAUGUACGGCAGAAAAUACUGUGACUAAAACGAGUUACACGAGUACAAUCACAGCGUCACUUAAAGUCAUAACGGAUAGCGAGUUUCCUCGAGGUCCAACUGUUUCCGUCACAUCUGACGAGAGAAGAGUCAUCGCUGGAGAUAUUUUCAUACUCGAAUGCAUUGCAAACGGAUUUCCUAAGCCAAGAGUCACAUGGCUAUUAGAUGGGUUGCCUGUGGUGCUCGGGAGUGGUUAUUCUGUUGUUGGGGAGAACAACCUUAUGAUUGAAUCAGUAACUGAGGAACAGGCAGGAACAUACACCUGUCGCGCAAUUUCACGAAACGGCAUUAAAGAAGCUUCAAUCAAGCUAGAAGUACAUCAUCCCCCUGUAUUCAUCAAGAAACCAAAUAAUGUCCAUGCUUACUCCGAUUCCAAUGCACUGUUUGAAUGCUUUGCUGACGGAAUACCCAAACCGGUUAUCACAUGGAGUCGAAAUGGAGACGUGAUUGAGGAAUCUUAUUUCAACGAUAUUGGAGACGGAUACUUGCUGGUCAAGAUGCUUGUGCUGUCCGACAUGGGACCUUAUCAGUGCUUUGCAGAAAACUACUUGGGAAAAAUACAGGCCACUGCAGAACUUAACGUUUACAUGGAAGGCCAACCUCUUCCAUCAAUACAUACCACAACUGCCCCUAAUGCAGAGACUCCAGAUAGCACACCUGGCUCGUUUGCCGCUGGAGCUGAAAGUACCACUUUUGGCCCAGUCACCACAUCAACAUCAGAUCUUUCAUCGAAAUCACAUCCUACGCUGGUCCCUAAAACAACUACCACUUUAGAUACCGAGGGUACCCUAAAUACCGCAGCCACCCCAGUUACCUCAGCAACUUUUCAUACAACAGUGACUUCAGCCACAAAACAAACUUUAAAAACUGUUUCAAUCCUGAAGACUACUGCUGCUUCCGAUAGGACAACAGCCCUUGAUAGCAUUACCACUGAAGAUACCACAACAGCCCUUGACUCCGAAAGUUCCCAACCUACCUCGUCGAUCAGAGCUACCACAGCGUCUCCGGAUGAUUCGACAUCAACAUUUCAUCAUUCUUCAGUCGGAGAAAGUACCACUGCUUCAGGUGAUAAAACAGCUCCUUACACUAGUGCUACUUUACCUGCCACAGAAACUUCUGAUGCCACAUCAGCAGUCACCGCAGAUACCAGACCCAACUUAGCUGCUUCUCCAACCUUAGGUAACAACGCUAAAGAUCCUGAUACACUAACGACCCUAGAUCCUACUACAGUCACAGGUACAACUGAUGCUUCGGGUUCUGCCACUGCCAAAGCUGCCCCUGAUAUCACAUCAGCAGCUGCCACGGACACCACAGCUACCCCUUUUACCAUUUCUACUGCAGAGAGCAAAGUUUCCAUAAGUAGCACGUCAACCCAAGAUUCAAAAUUAACUUCUAAGUUGGCGUCAACCUCAGAUAACGCUUCAGUCACGAAUGCUGUUUCUUCUUCAGACACUUCAACAAGCUCUGAUAACUUUAACCCCUAUACCAUAGAAACCUCAGUCACCACAUCAGCAAUAACCCCAGUUACAGCAGUCCCAGGGUCAACCGCUUCCACUACUGUUUCAAAUACAGCGCCAAUCUCAAAUACCGAUGCUGUAGUGAGCAUCUCUUCCAUUCCAGACACUACUGCUGAUUCAUCAGAAGUAGCAGGUAUCGUUCCAACAACUUUCCCUCGCAGUAGCGCAGAAUUCUCAGAUACCACAACAACUUCAGCUAUCACAACAACCGUGGAAACUAAAGAGACACGGAAAAUUACAAUGGUUUCAGAUACUUCAGCGAUUCCACACGCCACAACAUCUGUCUCAGAUACUAAGAUAGCCCAGAAUACCGCAUCACCAUCGUACACCACGGCAGAGCCACACAUGACAACACCCUUAGAGACCUCAACGAAUACAGAUAUAACAUUAGCUUCAGAGACUACAACGGUGCCAGUUACCGAGUCAAUCUCAGAUAUUUCAACAGCCGAAGUUAUAACAGCAACAUCAGAUUCUACCCCAGCUUCAGAUAGUACAGUUGCUGUACUCAUGACAGUAAUCCAAGGUAUCUCUGAAACCCCAGCUUCCACGGCAAUGGUGGAUUCCACAAGAGCUUCAGCGCCCACAGAUUCCACAAAACAUCCAUAUUUUUCAGCUGCGAAAGAUGCUGCACCAACAGUAGAGGCUACAACUACGAAGACUGUCACUGUGGCAAAUCAAUACGCCACAGCAGUACGAGAAGUCAUAACAACAUCGGACGCCACAGAACCUCCUUACAACCCAACUAGAGAAAUCACUAGUUUCCCAGACGUCACCUCAGACUUUACAACUCCUCUGCUUAUCACAACAGCACCAGAUGUCCAGCAUCGAGACGAACUGCCAACCAUUGUCAGAGAAAAAACCGUAAGAGAAGGCUCGAUAAAGGUCAUCAAAUGCAUAGCAACAGCAAUCCACAAACCUGACGUAGACUGGUACAGAAACGGCAAGAAGCUGCCUACGAUGAAGUGUUCCAAUUUAAGUGAUGUCAGAUGCCAGGGAAUUGCGUAUGAAGUUUACGAAGAGCCUAAAGAACGCAAGUUUCGGGGAAAGAAUACUAGGACUAUAAAAGUUCUUAAAAUACGAAGUGCAGUAUACUCAAGAGAUCAAGGAAAAUUUGAAUGUGUUGCAACAAACGGUCACGCCCAACCUGCAAAAUUAAUCAUCAAUCUAAACGUCUUAGCUCCGCCCAGAUUAAUACAAAAACCAUACAAGGUGCUCAGUGGUAACGGCAAGGGGUCGAAAGUGUCUUGUGUGGUGAACAAAGGGAAUCCUCUGCCAACAUUCAAGUGGGAAUAUCAAAACAUGGAUUGUUUCACUUUGAACACAAGCGCUUGUGAGCCAGUUGAAAGUCAAUGGAUGCCCGUACCUGAAAGUCUACUUAUGUCUCCUCCAAACUUACCGAUAAAAAAGAGUGUGGUCAAAGUUCAAAGUAAUCAACCAACUGCGAGCUUCAGAUGUCUGGCGUCUAAUAAACUGGGAAGUGAUUUUCAUAUCAUCAAACUUGUUCGAAGUGAACCCUUGGCCUUUGUUAAAAAACCACAGAAUAUUUUAAAAGGAUACCUGGGCAAAGAAAUACUGAUAAAUUGUUCCACCAAUGACCAAGAUGCUACAGUGUCCCUUUUUUACAGGCGCCAUCCCUUUGUGGCCUUUGCCGAACUGAAGCCAGAAGAAAAAAAACUUUUAAAGAAAGGACAGGCGUUCGAACUUCUCAACGUCGGUUUAAGAGAUGCUGGAUUCUACAUCUGCGAGGCUAAAAACGAAGCAAAUGACAAGAUUCGGUGGCCUCCGGGAACAGGAUAUUUGAUUAUUAAUGAAGAACCGUUAGAAUUUCUCGACCAGUCACCAGUAAUCAUACGAGGAUAUCUGAGCCAGAAUGUAGUCAUUAACUGUUCGACAAAUGAUCGGGAAGCAACAGUGUCUCUUCUAUACAAACAGCAUCCGCUUGCUUCCUUCCAUGAGCUGAAUCUUAGAGAAAAUAAACUAUUGAGGAAAGGAAAAGUUUUUACUCUUCUAAAUGUUGAACGCAGAGAUGCUGGAAUAUAUUCCUGCCAGGCGAGUAAUCGGGGUGGUUGGAACAUUCGAUGGCCACAUGGCAGAGGAUAUUUGAUUCCUAUUCGAGGUGGAUUACCAAAUCACUUCGUUUUAAGGCCUAAAACAGCUGUUACUGUACGACAAGGACAACAAGUAACUAUUACUUGUGAAUCAGAGGGUGUGUCAGAAACCAAACUACAGUGGGUAAAACAAACCAACAAAGAGGAUGUUUCUGUCCCAAGUAACCUUGUUACUGUUGAUAAGGACAGGUCCACAAAUCAAGUUAGAGCCAUCCUUAAGAUCUCAAAUGUUCAGCCAGAAGAUGCUGGUGUUUACAAAUGUGUGUUGAGGGUGUUUGACAAGACAGACCACAAGAUGACGUCAUUACAUGUUAGAGAACCAUUAACUUUCCUCGUCAAACCAAAUGUGAUUUUGCACGGAUACCAGGGCCGGAGGUUGAUGAUAAACUGUUCCACUAACGACAGAAAUGCUACAGCAUCUCUUUAUUACAGACGCCAUCCCCUGGCACCUUUUAGGGAGAGAAAAAUCGACGCAAAGAAGCUUAUGUUAAAGGGUCAAGUGUUUACACUUCUGAAUUUAAGUCAAAAGGACCAGGGAUUGUAUGCUUGUGAGGCCAAAACUGAGGAAAAUGAGAUUAUUCGCUGGCCAUCUGGACGAGGUUAUUUAAUCGUCAGCCAAGCUCGACUCCCUGACUAUUUUGAAUUGGAACCAGCCAAUCCAAUCAAAGUGUCGACAGGCGGAAGCACAAAUGUCACGUGUGAAUCAGAAGGCGUGUCAGUGACUCAGCUGCAAUGGAAGAAAGGAGAUAUCAGUAAUGGUGGUGCGUCAGUCCAGGAUAGAAUGGUCAGUAUAGUGAAAGACAAGUCCACCAACCGGGUGCAAGCUGUCCUAAGGAUAACAAACGCUCAAAUGGAGGACAGCGGAGUCUACCAAUGUGUGCUAAGGGUAUUUGAAAAGACGAAUAUGAAGUCUGUUGAGAUCACGGUUAGCAACAACUGAAAAUGGUGAAAUGACAGUGGCCGUCUCCUUAGCUCGUCUGGUCCCAAACUCAUUUUCUAAGUGUCGUAAAGAUCUCUGAAGUCUAAUACGAAGUUGGCUCUAAAAGUCUGGUAGACAUAAUCUUAAGCUAGCUUUAAGUUCGAUGGAUUACCUUUAUAACUACAACCUGCGGAUAUACCCAUAUUAUCAGCCUUGAGACCUGCAAUGGAUUUAACACUAAUUAACAAUUAUUCGCCGAAGGCGAGGUGAAUAUUGUCGAAUAAUCCCCGAGACAAAGUCG